AUUGGAAGUAAAAACCAUGAUUUUUUUUUCCCCAACCUAUUACACAGCUUCUCUCUCUUUCUCUCUCUCUCUCUCAGAGUCCAUAACACAAACGCUUGAUAGCUCUCGACCCACUCACUGCCAUCUUCGCUUAGCUUAGCUUCGCAUCGUUCAAAGGCCAAAAGGAACCCAGUAUUGAUUUGAACAUACAUGAGUGAGAGCUGGAUUGGGACUUGGGAGUGAAAGGAAGGAUGAGCCCAGCACAGUUCUUAUAGCUUCAAAGAUUCUGUGAAAGAGACAGCUACAGAGAGAGAGAGAGAGAGAAAUGGGAAAAGUAGCUGUGGCAGUGAUUGUGAGUUUGUGGGUCAUUUCUAUCUCUAUCCUUGUUAACCAUAUAGUUCCUGAGCCUUACAUGGAUGAAAUAUUCCACAUACCUCAAGCACAACAGUACUGCAUUGGCAAUUUCAGAAGCUGGGAUCCCAUGAUUACCACCCCUCCUGGCCUGUACUACCUUUCACUUGUCCAUGUUGCUUCUUUGUUUCCAGGCAUGUCUAUAGUACAAGCAGCCUCAUCAUUUUCUGAAGUUUGCACCACUGCGAUUCUUCGAUCUGUAAAUGGUGUUUUGGCAGUAUUAUGCAGUAUUCUUGUGUAUGACAUUAUUACCCUCUUGAGACCAACUCUUAGCGAAGGAAAAGCAACAAUUUCUGCAGUGGUCCUAGCUUUAUAUCCCCUUCACUGGUUCUUCACUUUUCUCUAUUAUACAGAUGUUGCAUCACUUACUGCAGUGCUUGCUAUGUAUCUUGCAUGUUUGAAGAAGAAUUACUGGUUAAGUGCAGUGCUUGGUGCCUUGGCUGUUGUCAUUCGACAGACAAAUAUAGUUUGGAUGCUUUUUGUUGCAUGCACUGGGGUUAUAAAUAUUACUCUGGUCCGUCCAAGAGAUAAUGUCGAAGUAAAUGAUAUUGACACAGCUAUCAGGAAGUCUAAUCGAUCAACAUCCAACAAUGAUGUUACAUCAGGGUCAAAUUUGAGACUGCGAAAGUUCAGUAAUUCCCUGGGUACUGAUAAACAUUCUAUGCCUAGUGCAAGCUUGGUUUCAACAAACCACUCAUCAGGUUUACUUGAUGAGGUCAAGGUCAUCUUUUUAGCAUUAUGGCAUAUGAAGUGGGAGCUUUUGGUUUCCUUUAGUCCUUUUCUCAUGGUAUUUGUGGCUUUUUUGGCUUUUAUCCGUUGGAAUGGGAGUGUAGUUCUAGGUGCAAAAGAAGCUCACACAGUUUCUCCACAUUUUGCACAGAUCAUGUAUUUUGGUUUGGUUUCUGCUCUUGCUGUGGCUCCUUUACACUGCAGCAAAGGUCAAGUCAUGGACCUGUUCCGGUCAUUUUGGAAGAGAAGGCCUAUCAGUUUCUUUCAAGUUUUCAUAGCUGUUAUUGCUGGCUUCUUCUCUGUACAUUUUUUCAGCAUAGCUCAUCCCUAUCUUAUUGCUGAUAAUCGACAUUACCCAUUCUAUCUCUGGCGGAAGGUCAUCAAUGCUCAUUGGUCAAUGAAAUACCUUCUAGUCCCGCCUUAUGUUUAUUCAUGGUUUUCCAUCUUCAUUACAUUGGGGAGAGUUCAGAGGAAGAUAUGGGUGUUAGCAUUUUUCUUGGCUACUGCUGCAGUUCUGGUACCUGCUCCAUUGAUUGAGUUCAGAUACUACACGAUUCCAUUCUAUUUCAUAGUACUUCACUCCCACAUUAAUGAUUAUCAAAGCUGGCUUCUCAUGGGACUUCUAUAUCUAGCCGUCAACAUCUUCACAAUGAUGAUUUUUUUGUUCUGGCCAUACCAUUGGGACCAUGAGCCUGGGAUCCAGAGGUUUAUAUGGUAGGAAAGUUUCUAAGAAAUGCUUAAGGCUUCAUCAUACAAAUCAGUUUUGGGUAGUAUUGUUUGUCUGGGGACUUACCUAGAGAUAGGAUUUUGCUUGUUUUGGUUUGGAGGUAGAAAAAGGGUGGAAUCCUUGAGUGGUACAAGUUGUUUAGUUACACAUGCUACAGGUCGUGAUUGCUAACUAUAUGUCAAGUGAAACCUGUUGUACAAGUCAUUUGUACAAAUGGCAAGAUUUUCCAUGCGUCCUACAGUGGUCAUUAAAUAUAAAAUGUUCUACCCCCCUCAA